AGGAAGGAACAAACACCAUUGGGCUUCUGUGAAAACGCUCACCGUUUUCAGUUCCCGACCACCUUAACCUGUGAAAAAGUCACAAACUUUUACGAACCCUUAAACCCUUUCAAACUGAAAAUCUCAGUGACACCAAAGUUUAAUCACUUUGUAGUUUGUACAGUGAAACAGUGUAUCGACCAAAGUGAGUGAGAGAGAACAUCAAAAAGAGAAGAAGCAGUCAGCAACAAAAUGCAGAUUCUUGUAAGAAAACUAAUGCAGAGAAUCUCUCACAAACAAGCUACAGGUUGUCGUGCAUAUUGUACGAAGAUGGUUGCUGAUAUUGGACAGCCGACUCAUGCAUCUCAUCCUCAGUUACUGAAAGAAGGGGAGAUUACACCUGGAAUAACUACCGAGGAAUACAUCUCAAGGAGAAAUAGGUUGUUGGAUCUUCUUCCAGAAAAUAGUCUGGCCAUAAUUGCAGCUGCCCCUGUAAAGAUGAUGACAGAUGUUGUGCCUUACACAUUUCGACAAGAUGCUGAUUAUUUGUAUAUUACUGGCUGCCAACAACCUGGUGGCGUGGCAGUUUUAGGUCAUUACUGUGGUUUACGCAUGUUCAUGCCAGAAGCAGACUCUCAUGAUGUUAUUUGGCAAGGGCAAAUUGCUGGAGUUGAUGCAGCAUUAGAAAUUUUCCGUGCUAAGAAGGCAUAUCCAAUGCGCGAAUUACAUAAGUACCUUCCAGAUAUGAUAUACGGACGCUCCAAAUUGUUCCACAACAGGCAGACAGCCAUACCAACAUAUAUGAAAUUGGAGUACUUUCAAAAGCUUGCUAAGAAUGGCAAAGUGGGAGACCUGUCUACUUUGACUCAUGAGUUACGUUGGAUAAAGUCACCAGCAGAGCUCAAGUUAAUGAAAGAAUCUGCAUCAAUUGCUUGCCAGGCACUUCUGCAGACGAUGUUUCACUCCAAGACAUAUCCUUAUGAGGGCAUGCUGUCAGCAAAGGUUGAAUAUGAAUGCCGAAUGAGAGGUGCUCAAAGAAUGGCAUUCAACCCUGUCGUUGGUGGUGGGCCAAAUGCUAGUGUUAUACAUUAUUCUCGAAAUGAUCAGAAGAUUAAAGAUGGGGAACUUGUUUUGAUGGAUGUUGGAUGUGAGUUGCAUGGUUAUGCCAGUGACCUUACUCGUACCUGGCCACCCUGUGGAAGAUUUUCUUCUGCUCAAGAAGAACUUUAUGAUCUUAUACUAGAAACAAACAAGGAAUGCCUGAAGCUUUGCAAACCUGGUGCUACCAUAAGUCAAAUACACAAUUAUUCAGCGGAAAUGCUGCGCAAAGGAUUCAAGGAGAUUGGAAUUUUAAAAGAUGAGGGAAACAGUUUAUACAAUAUGCUGAACCCCACUUCUAUAGGUCACAAUCUAGGAAUGGAUGUUCAUGAUUCUUCCAUGAUCAGCUAUAGCCGGCCCUUGGAGCCAGGUGCUGUGAUAACAAUUGAACCAGGAGUCUACAUCUCAUCUUUUUUGGAUGUUCCAGAGAGGUAUCGAGGCAUUGGGAUAAGGAUUGAGGAUGAGGUCCUCAUUACAGACACUGGUCAUGAGGUCCUCACCGGGUCAAUGCCAAAAGAAGUUAAACACAUUGAAUCAUUGCUAAACGACUUCCACCCUGGAAUGGGGAUGGAGAGCCAUAACAAUAUCAGGGCUGCAUCCAAUAGAUAAAUUAAAGAGCUAAGACAGUGAUUUAUUGUAAGAGGAAAUCAAUCCCGAGGCUUUCUCCGGUGCUUGGGUUUCAUUUUUGAAGCAUUUUGUUGUUUGGAGAGGGGGGGGGGGGGGGUGACUUAUAUUGCACGUUGAGGCAUAUUCUUGCACAAAUUGUGCACAGGUUGGGUUUAAUUUGUAACCUUAUUUUUGUUUAAGAAAGUUUUUGGAUGAUACUUGAACCAUUAAUAAAGCUAGUUGAACCCCCAACAUUCAACUAAAUUUUGUUAGGUUU